CAGGUCUCCCUGCCAAUAUUCAAUAUGGCCGUCGCGCGUGUCUCUUUGAGGUCACGUGGUGAGAUCGCUCCUUGAACUCGCAGUGACAGCUGACAGAACCGAGACUCGCCGGGACAGCGAUAAAGAUGGCGUCAGUGAACAGGUUAAUGCGCGCCAUCCGCGUGUUUGAGUUCGGAAAGCCCGAGGUCCUUAAGCUGUGCCCAGACGUCCCCGUGCCCAGCCCCGGAGAGACGCAGGUGUUAAUCCGCGUUCACGCUUGUGGGAUAAAUCCCGUAGAGACGUAUAUCCGAGCCGGAGCUUACGCUCGAAUUCCGUCUUUGCCGUACACGCCGGGAUCGGAUGUAUCAGGAGUAAUCGAGCAAGUGGGGAAGAACGUGACAUCGUUUAAGAACGGAGACCGUGUUUUCACCACCGGCACCAUCACAGGGGGCUACGCGGAGUAUGCGCUCGCUUCGGAGGACACCGUCUACCAUCUGCCCGACCAACUGAGCUUCAAGCAGGGGGCCGCCAUUUCUGUCCCGUACUUCACUGCGUAUCGGGCGCUUUUUCAAAAAGCCCAUGGAAAACCCGGUGAGGUGGUCCUCGUCCACGGGGCCAGUGGUGGCGUAGGGAUCGCCGCCUGCCAGAUCGCACGCGCGUACGGCUUCCAAGUCUUCGGCACGGCCGGGACCCCCGAGGGGCUGGAUCUGGUCCUGAAAAACGGAGCCCACAAAGCGUUCAACCACAGAGAGAAGGAUUAUAUCGAUAAAAUUCAGGAAGCGUCGGGCGGACGGGGAAUCGACGUCAUAUUGGAAAUGCUAUCUAAUGUCAACCUCAGCAACGAUUUGAAGCUCCUGGCGGCGGGAGGCCGGGUCAUUAUUGUCGGCUGCCGGGGCCCAAUCGAGAUAAAUCCCCGGGACACCAUGGCCAAAGAGUCCAGCAUCAUCGGGGUUUCACUGUUCAGCGCAACGAAGGAGGAGAAGGCAGAGAGCUCGGCGGCCCUCUUUGCGGGGAUGGAAGCCGGCUGGCUAAGACCUCUGACCGGACCCGAAUAUCCCUUAGAGAAAGCUGCGCAAGCUCACGUGGACAUCAUACAGACAGGCGGCGCCACCGGCAAGAUGGUUUUUGUGAUCUGAGCUGUUAACGCGAUGCUGACGUCUGAUAAUCAACACCUUUAUUCAUAUCCGUGUAUAAUUAGGUGACUUC